UCGGGAAGGAUGUCGCAACAUAUAUUUUGCAAGUUAAGUUGUCUUGAACAUACUGGCAGAAAGAUGCAUGAGGAAUUAUAAUGCCACUGUUGUUGGAUGUGCUGAGUGUCCUGAAUGUCUUGACUGUAGUGGACUGUGUUAUUGCUCAAAGGCGCACACACACAGACAGUGAUGUGACCUUGGGACUGAGAAUGGGACUGGGGGGAGAGAGUGAUGGAGAGAAUAAGCUGACCUAUUUCAGUCACAGAAAAUACAGUGCUUUCGAAGGUGUAGGGGUGUAAUGAUUCAUUUGUUUUCAAGACAGACUGGUUACAAAUUCUGCAGAUGCGCUUCAUCCAUCUUGAAAUAUGACUUUUAAAUAAUUAAGCAUCGAUGAUCUGUUCAAAUGCUACAGUGUGUUGUAUUUUUUAAAUUAUUUUGAUAAAUUGUUUCAGGGUGAAAAAAUAAGGAUGUUCAUCCAGCAUGGCCUCAGGUUUUGACUUUCAGCGGCCCUGUGACUUGCUGUGUUAUAGCUAAUUCACAUUGUCAGAAAUGUUUUCAAAGUGAGUCUACACAAUAUUACACAAAUAUUCCGCUGAAUAUCUGUCUAAUAGGCAGAAGGCUGCAGUCUAAAUUCUUCAUAUAUUAGGCCUAGUUCACGAGUCAACUAGUUUUCCAACAAGACAAGUAGUACUUCAUAAAGGGAUAGUUAACCUAAAAAAGAACGUUUGAAAAUAUGUCUUGAAAUGUAUCCUCUGUUUCUAUAGCCAUACACAUCUUUGGUCAUCGUGUAGCAUCUCACUCUUUUUCUUGAGCAGCCUGCUGUGAUUGGUGUGUUACGGUGUUAUUAAGAUGAUGUGUCAUAUUAAAAAUAGUCAAUUUACCAAAUCCAGGUGCUUGUGCGAUCAAACUGAAUUUACAAAAUUAGCUUGUGAAUCAAAUGCAAUGAAUCGCGAAUCAAACUGAGCUCAUGUAGCUCAGCUGCCUGGUAGAGCAUGGCACUAGCAACAGCAAGGUCAUGGAUUGGAAUUCAGGGAAACAUUAAAGGUAUACCAUGAAAGUAGCUUUGAAUAAUGUGUUAAAUGAAUGCAUGCAAAAAUAUUUUUCUGUCAACACAAAAAAAACAGCCAGCUUUGGUAAGUCCAAAAAGCACUUUUUCACAAUGUAAUUUGAACACAUGGACAUGACACAUAUGCCACUAUUGGCUUUUUGUAAUUUUGAGAUGAGGAAAAGUUAAAUAUCAACACUAAACUACUAGAGCAGACUGGUGACAAGAAUGUUGCUCACACAGGUCUCUGAAGGUACUGUCAUUACAUUCAUUUUUUGGGCUGAUAGAACUGGUGUGACAGCACCCCAGGGUGUUCUUGGGUGUGUGCAGGGUCUGUUAAACUGCUGUUGUGUUGAAUAUGAUUGUGUUAUAGAAUAGCUGUGCCAGGCAUGUGCGUCACUCUGUCACUCGUUCGUUUAAUUAUGCAUGUAGGACACAGACACAUCAACACUCUUCUCGGGGUAAAGCUUCACAGACACAAAUGUUCAUUCACUGCAUGUGUCACCUUGCUAUCGUGCCACUCCCACAUCUGGAGGAUACUGUGUUUCUAAACUAAUUAAGGUCAGGGUUUGUUUACUGCUAAACUAGGUGUGGGUUUGUUUCCUGCUUAACUAUGUGUAGGACUUUAUUUAAGUCUGGAUUGAUGACAUGUCUCUCAUUUUCUGUUUGACCAUGGAUGGUUGAUCUUGGUGUGGUUGGGAUUUAAGUUCGCAAGAUGAUUUUGGCGGUACUGUUUGCAAAGGGGGAAUUGUUGUUGAACAGUAACUUAUAAACCUUGAAAGACAGCUCUGCUUUGAGUCAACCCUGAACUGUGAGCCAGUGGAAGCCAGGCUGGACUAAUGACGAGCAUGACUUUGCGCCAAACCACAGAUGCAUGUACGCUCUCAGAGUCCACCUGACUGCUGCCACGCUCUGCUUCCUGGCUUUUGAAACUGCCUAUCAGAGGGCUGGUGGAGGCGGGGCUUAGCUAGACCCCACCCCUUUGCUGACCCUCUGAGUGAGACUGGCGCCUCCUGAUGGACCAGGGUGGUACCGAGCAGCCUGGGGCGGAGGAGCCAGACUCUGGGGGUCGAGCAGAGCGGGAGGUGAGCAGAAGGGCAUCCGAGCCUGAUCAUGGCCUGUCCAAAAUUACCCACAAUGCCUUGGAGAACAUGGGCGCGCUGGGCCAUGGCCUGAAGCACUUCUUCCAACCCCAGCGCAGACGCUCGUCCGUCUCGCCACACGACUACGCCUCUUCCUCCACAGGCCCCAUCCCUGAGCCCCCAGAAGCAGGGCCAGAGUUGGGGGAAGCGCCUGUCGUGGCGGUCGCCGCCCCUAACUCUGACCUCCACGCUUCGGCCCCCCCUGCAGCUCUGAGCCGUGUGCUGCAGCAGAUUCGAGGCCCCCCCAUGAUGAAGAGAGGGACCAGUCUGCAGAGCCGCCGCAGCAAGGCAGGGGGGGGAGGGGAGCCCCCCCAGAAAGGCAGCCCCCAGAUCCACAGGCGCAGUACCCAGGAGACCUUGCUGCAGGCGGGACGGCCACGCUCCUCCUCCACCACCGAUACACCCAGCAGCCCAGCUUUGGCAGACAUGUUGCUGACCUCGGGGUACCACUCAACCGAGGAGGCUGAUCGGCAAGACCGUUUGGAGGUGUCAGGUCCUGCCGUGUCUCCCAAUGCUCUGUCAACCAGCUCAGACGGCGGUCAGUACGGUGUGGAUUCGGUGGAUGGAACUCCAGACCCUCAGCGCACCAAGCAGGCCAUCGCUCAGCUACAGCAGAAGAUCCUCAAACUCACAGAGCAGAUCAAAAUCGAACAAACGGCAAGAGACGACAAUGUAGCUGAAUACCUGAAGCUGGCCAACAAUGCAGACAAACAGCAGAGCGCUCGCAUCAAGCAAGUGUUCGAGAAGAAGAACCAGAAGUCUGCGCAGACCAUCCAGCAGCUGCAGAGGAAGCUAGAGCAUUACCACCGCAAGCUCAGAGAGGUGGAACACAAUGGAAUACCACGGCAGCCCAAAGAUGUCCUGCGAGACAUGCACCAGGGUUUAAAGGAUGUUGGUGCCAAGGUAACCGGUGGCCUCUCUAGUAUCUCUCAGGCAACGCACUCUGCUGCGGGAGCAGUCGUGUCUAAACCUCGUGAGUUUGCCUCUCUCAUCCGCAACAAGUUUGGAAGUGCAGACAACAUCUCUGCUCUAAAAGACUCUCUGGAUGAACAACAAGGGCCUGAUGAGCCUGUAACAAGUACACGGACAGCAGGCACAAGGACUCCAGGACCUGGGCAGCUGCAAUCCAGCCCAAAAUACGGCAGUGAGGAUGAUUGCUCCAGUGCUACGUCAGGGUCGGCAGGAGCAAAUAGCACCACGGGGGCACCUGGGGGCCCUCCGAGCUCAAAGGGUAAUACAUUGGAGCAUGGCCAGAGUUCAGGCUUUGAUGCACUGCUGCAUGAGAUUCAGGAACUGAAGGACAACCAGAAUCGACUAGAAGAAUCCUUUGAAAACCUGAAGAGUCACUAUCAGAGAGACUACACAGAAAUCAUGCAGGCCCUGCAAGAAGAGAGAUACAGGUGUGAACGCCUAGAGGAGCAGUUGAAUGAUUUAACAGAACUGCAUCAAAAUGAGAUUCACAACUUGAAGCAGGAGCUAGCCAGCAUGGAGGAGAAAAUUGCAUACCAGUCUAAUGAACGAGCCAGAGACAUACAGGAGGCGCUAGAGGCCUGUCAGACGCGCAUCUCUAAGAUGGAGCUUCAACAGCAGCAACAGCAAGUGGUUCAGUUGGAAGGUUUGGAAAAUGCCACAGCACGCACUUUACUUGGCAAACUCAUCAACGUGCUGCUGGCCGUCAUGGCGGUGCUCCUAGUAUUCGUCUCGACGGUCGCAAACUGUGUAGUUCCGCUGAUGAAAACACGUAGCCGUACACUUUCCACAUUGCUCCUUGUGGUAAUCUUGGCUUUUCUGUGGCGGAAUUGGGAAGCCAUGUCGCAGUACCUGGACCGGUUUCUGCUGCACCCCAGAUGACCUGCAGGGGCGCUGUGGUUGUCGUUUCAUGAAGGGACUGGAGGGCGGGAAUUUUUGAUUCAAAGAUAGAGACUAACACUGCCUCAGUUGCACUUAGUAUGAAGGGACACGGCACAAGAGUGGAGGACACAGACAAAUCCUACAACCACUUUUUCUCUUUGUUUCACCGAAGGAGUGAAUUUGUUUACAUUUUGAUCUUUUUCCGUCAACAUAUUGUAUUGCUGAGUUUCCUUUUAUUUGUUGUUGGAAAUGAUGCAAGCUGUGUUGUUCAUUGUUCUCGUAAUUAUCUUUAGGAUGUACAUUUAUGCAAUUUCCUGAGUGUUGCAUUGCAUUGAAUUGACUGGAGUGGUUUUAACAUGCACUGGAUGUAGAUCUUUCUCCUCGUUUUUAAUACCAUAGCAACUGCUCUUUUCCCUCCUAACUUUCUUUUAUUUCUUUGAGUCUCUUCUACUGUCGUCUUGCUCUUCCUCUUACGUGCAUCUCUAACUCGAUUCAUUUCUUGUGCUCAUCGCUUCACUUUUCCCCACUCGAAACCGUUUGCUGCUGUUUGGACUUCACUGCAGUUGUUGCUGAAUGAAGGAAAAGAUGGAUUCGUUGGAGAGGAUCUGGAGUUUGAUCGUAUGGGCCGAGGAACCGAGUCGGCCCCUAUGCCCUCAAAGAGGCACAGUCCCCUGGUGUAUGAACAGAACGAACAUACUUGAAGAGCUAGAAAUGCUCAAAGACUCUCAGUGCUUCCGUACUGUUUCUUAUAGCGACAAUGAAAUAGUCCUUUUUAGUUUUAUUUUUAAUUUUUUAAAAUGAAAUGAAUAAACACGCUGUUUUAAAAAUGCAAAA